AAUCAUUUUGAAAUCACUUCACUCUCACACACACAACGUGCAGUCGCGCGGUGAGCGGUGGAGCGAACGAUCCCGAGGCAGCCCAUAGUUGUGUAGCUGUACAGAGGGUGACUGACAGAGGACCAAAACGCUGGCAACUAAUGGACAUAUAGUAUAUUGUUUUUUGUUUUUUUACUCUGGAACACUCUGCUACGGGAACAUAUUGAGGAUUAGCUUAGCAGCUGGUGAGAAUGUUCCAAACUAAGCACAGGAUGCUGCUAUAAAACUGGUCCGGAGACGUACUAUAUAUGGUUGUUUCCGUAUCCGAGGAGGAGACAACAAUCUGAUGUGCAGCGCUUCUGGUCACCAAGUUGUUUUCUGCCGGCAAUUAACGCACUCGAUUUGAUAUCAGGGGGACCGUCAUUGGAUUUGAAGGAAUAGGCUAACCGUCGUCGGCUGAUCAAGUGGAUUGUUUGUUGUUGGGGUUUUUUUAGCACGGGGAGUGCGUUGUUCAUGUAUUGUGGAUUCCUACUUGUGGGGAGAUAUUGAGGGCUGAAGUGGCUUCGUUCAGGAGAGGAGAGGGAUCGAAGCUUCUAGCCCGGCUGAAGCGCUCAGAACUGGGAUAGGCUACUGAGGAGUUCUCAUCCAUCCAAGACCGAUGCGUUUCCAGUCAAGCGGAGUGAUGGUGCUGAGGUGGGAUGCCACGCUGGUGUUGGCCGCCAUGCUUCUGGUUUGCUGUGCCGCUGAUCCCACUGACAUUCUCUACCGGAUGCUCGAGGAGCAGCCGCCCAACACGUUGAUCGGCAGCCUGGCAUCGGACGAGGGCCUGCCCGACUCAGGCCACCUGUACAAGCUGGAGGUGGGCACCCCUUACCUGCGCGUGGAUGGCAAGACGGGAGACAUUUACACCACAGAGGUCCCCAUCGACCGUGAGACACUGCGGGACUGCCGCAACCUGUUCGAGGGCGAAAAGUGCUUCCUGGAGUUCGAGGUGUCCAUCACGGACCUGAAGCAGGGCCAGGGACCGCGGCUGAUCGAGGGCCGCAUCGAGGUGCAAGACGUCAAUGACAACACACCCCAGUUCACCUCGCCCAUCCUCAUGCUGUCCAUCCCAGAGAACACACACAUCGGGGCGCUCUUCUCCAUCCCCAUGGCCAGCGACAAGGACUCGGGCCACAACGGCGUGGCCGAGUACUCGCUCAGCGCCGGGCCUGAUGCCGACCAGCUCUUCAGCCUGCAGGUGGCCGAGGACACAGACGAGAAGCAGCCGCAGCUCAUCGUCAUGGGCAACCUGGACCGCGAGCAGAAAGACUCGUACGAUCUCAACAUCCGUGUGGUGGACGGGGGCACACCACCGCGAGCCAGCAGCGCCCUGCUGAGGGUGACCGUCACCGACCAGAACGACAACGCACCCAAGUUUGAGAGGAGCCACUAUGAGGCUGAGCUGGCUGAGAACAGCCCUGUGGGACACUCAGUCUUGCAGGUGAAAGCCAACGACGCUGACAUGGGUACCAACGGGGAGAUCGACUAUAGCCUGCACCAGGCCUCCGAUGCCGUCCAGAGGUUGCUACGCAUUGACCGCUCCACAGGGAUCAUCUACGUCAAGGGGCUGGUGGACCGAGAGGAGGAGAGCUUCCUCAAGUUCUUCGUGGUGGCCAAGGAUCGCGGCCCCAACUCGAAGAGCUCCAAAGUCCUGGUGACCAUCAACGUCAAGGACCAGAACGAUAAUGCACCCGCCAUCGAGAUCCGUGGCAUCGGCCUGGUCACCCACCACGACGGUGUGGCCAACAUCUCAGAGGACAUGCCCAUCGGCACGGCUGUAGCCCUGGUGCAGGUGUCGGAUCGUGAUGAAGGGGAGAAUGCUGUGGUCACCUGUGUGGUGGCCGGGGACGUCCCCUUCCAGCUGCGGCCCGCCAGCGAGUCAGCCAACGACCGCAAGAGGAAAUACUUCCUGCAGACCACGACCCUGCUAGACUACGAGCGCAUCAAGGACUACAGGAUUGAAAUAGUAGCGGUGGACUCCGGUAACCCUGCACUGUCCAGCACAAACUCCCUGAAGGUGCAAGUCACCGACAUGAAUGACAAUGCCCCUGUCUUCUCCCCCAAUCUGUUUGAGGUGGACUUUGCAGAGGAGAAUCAGCCAGGUGAUAAGGUCCUGGAUGUGGUGGCCACAGACGCGGACAGUGGGUCCAACGCAGAGCUGACCUACAGCAUCAUCAUGGACUCGACCACUAAGGGGCUCUUUGAGAUCGACCCCAAAACGGGAGAGGUGCACGUGAGGAAUACGCUGGACCGUGAGCACAGGGAGCAGUACGAGUUCCACGUGGCGGCAGCCGAUAAGGGCUCGCCUAGCCUGAGGGGGACGGCCACGGUGGUGGUCAAGGUGCUGGACCGUAACGACAACGACCCCAAGUUCAUGUUGAGCGGCUACAGCUUCUCCGUCUUGGAGAACAUGCCUCCGCUCAGCCCUGUUGGCAUGGUGACGGUCAUCGACGCAGAUAAGGGCGAGAACGCCAUGGUGCGACUCUCGGUGGAGCCUGACAAUGGCAAGUUUGUCAUCCAGAAUGGCACAGGUACUAUCCUCUCCAGCAUAUCCUUUGACCGUGAGAAGGAGAGCACAUACACUUUCCGCCUCAGGGCUGUGGACGCCGGUGACCCUCCCAGGUCCUCCUACGUGGGUGUGACCAUCAACGUCUUGGACGAGAACGAUAACUCCCCCUACGUCACCAAGCCCUCUAACUCCUCCUACAAGUACCUCCCACCUCUCACAACCCCCGAGACACGCGUUGAAGUGGUGGAGGCCGAAGACAUCGACACGGGACCCAAUGCCGAGCUGGUCUUCAGCAUUACUGGCGGGAACCCCUACGGACUGUUUCACAUCUCGCCCAACAAUGGGGAGAUCACCCUGGCCCAGGAGUUCACCCGCAAGCACAACGGUCUCCACCGUCUGGUGGUGAAGGUGAGCGACAAAGGCAAGCCACCACGCCACACCACCGCCCUGGUCCACAUCUUCGUCAAUGAGACCAUGGGCAACAUCACCCUGAUCGAGUCUCUGGUGGGUCACAGCCUCUACACUCCUCUGGACAGAGACAUUGCCGGGGACCCCAACUAUGCGCUGGCCCAGCGCAGCAACAUCCUGUAUGGAAGCCUAGCGGGCAUCGCCGGAGUCAUCCUGGUCAUCGUGGUGGUGGUGGUGAUCCGUCAUCGCAUGCAGAAGGACACCAAGAGCGGCUACCAGGCGGGAAAGAAGGAGAGCAAGGACCUGUAUGCCCCCAAAACAGGGCCCAAGAAUGGCAAGGGCAAAAAGAGCAAGAAGGGCAAGGUGCCCAAGCCCACCAAGCCACUGGAGGAGGACGAAGAGGCCAGCCUCCAGAAGGGCCUCAACUUCAACCUCAUAAACGAUAGUGUCAAUGACAGUCCCCGGAUCCACCUGCCCCUCAACUACCCCCCGGGCAGCCCCGACUUGGGCAGACACUACCGCUCCAACUCCCCACUGCCCUCCAUCCAGCUGCAGCCCCAGUCCCCCUCUGCCUCCAAGAAGCACCAAGCCGUUCAGGACCUGCCCGCCACCAACACCUUUGUGGGCACAGGUGACAACAACUCUACAGGCUCCGAUCAAUAUUCGGAUUACAGCUACAAGGCAAACCCGCCGAAAUACAGCAACAAACAGCUCCCCCAUCGCCGAGUGACCUUCUCCACGGCCAAUCAGGCUCAAGACCUGCAGGACCCCUCCCAGCACAGCUACUACGACAGCGGAUUGGAGGAAUCGGAGACCCCCAGCUCCAAAUCGUCAUCGGGGCCCCGCAUUGGGCCUCUGGCCCUGCCUGAGGACCACUACGAGAGGACCACCCCGGACGGCAGUAUCGGAGAGAUGGAGCACCCGGAGAACGAUCUCAGGCCUCUGCCUGAUGUGGCCAUGACUGGGAACUGCACCCAUGAGUGUACCGAGUUCGGCCACUCCGACGCCUGCUGGAUGCCUGGCCAGCCCUCCCCCAAUCGUAAGAGCUCCACCAAGAACGCCCCCAAGCUCUCCACCUUCGUGCCUUACCUGGAGAGUGAGGGGCAGGACCACCUCAUGGCCAACGGCAGUCCCAAGCCCAUGGCAGACGAGCGUGGGAGUGCUGGAGGUGGCAGCGGAGGCUCCAAGGUGGCUAACAUCCGCUUCCUGCCCCCUUACAGCAGUGCCUUCUCCGGGGGCAGCGACUCCGGCAAAGGCUGCGAGGAGAUCCCCCUGAGCCAGGCAGCCGAGUACCAUUCCGCCACCACACCCACCAACCAGGGCUCCAAGAGAGAGAUUUACCUGUGAGGGCGAUGAUGUGGCCACCACCCCACCACCUUCACCCUUACCCAUAUGCCCACUGUUCCUGACCCCAUGCCCUCAGGCCUACCCCCUCACUGCCCCUGUGCCUAGCUGCUGUGUCGUCUGAGAAGUGCCAUAGCACCACCACCACCCUCCUUUUUAUAACCACCUCCCACCGUAUGAGGCUUUAGAAUCCACAAAACCUCCAAUGAAUUAAAUAAAGAGUACAAAUCGGUCCAAGCCAAACAAAGAAGAUACUUGGCGAGUGCAAAUGCUACUGACAGAAUGUAAACUACACUAUCAUUUAAACAUUGUGAUAAGUUAAUUGGAGACUAUUUAGUUAUGAUUGCGUGUUCAAGUUAUUUUUUUUUUACAAUGAAUUUCCGUUGGAGUUCCGUUGGAACUGAAAACAAUGAGGGUAGAAAAGUGUUCUUGUAAAAUAGACACAUGAAUAUACAGUGUAUGGACAUCUAUUUUAGGUGUUCUUUUGGUUUUCUGUUUUGUUUCCUUUUUUUUUUUUUUUUUUUAGAAGUGAGUGUCGGUCUCAACUCUGGGACCUCCAAUUAAUAAGCAAUAAGGCACGAGGUGGUGUGGUAUAUGGCCAAUAUGCCACGGCUAAGGGCUGUUAUUACGCACAACACACUGCAGAGUGCCUGGAUACAGCCAUUUGCCGUGGUAUUUUGGCCAUAUGCCACAAACCCCUGAGGUGCCUUAUUGCUAUUAUAAACUGGUUACUAAAGUAAUUAGAUCAGUACAAUAAAUGUACCCAUGGUAUACGGUCUCAUAUACCACGGCUGUCAGCCAAUCAGCAUUCAUGGCUGGAACCACCCAGUUUAUAACUAGAAUUAGAGCGGUGUUUCUCUUGCCUGACUACCCAAACUCCUUGCUCCUGCAAAAUGCUACACCACACCCACGGAUGUUAGUUUCUUCUCCGCAAUGAGUCAUGAUCCGAGUAUCUUGCGCAACGAUUUCUAGAAGAGGAAAAAAGUACUCUAGCUGAUUGGUACCAGAAACCAAUGGGUUGGGACAGAGCCGGAACACGUGGGUAAAGCGGCAGUUUGAAAAUUCGACAUUGGCUUUGAUACUCUGAUUGGUUAGAGAUGAUCCAAUCACUGAUUACUAUGUUUUCUACACCACCCCUCAUUUUAGUCGACACCACAAACAACUUCAAUGAUGGCAGUCUCAGACUGAAGUAUGUAGCGAACUAUAGAGCCGUGGAAGAAUUCAGUUUGAGUCGUCAGGCAAGUCCUGCUCCUACUCAAGAGGACACAGCUGACUGGUAAUUUUGCCAUCCUUUGCUCAACAUAAGACAUUAAAGUCCUCAAAACAUUUUUCACAACCAAGAGGUCUUUAUCAAUGUACAGAGCUGUAAAUACAAUGGACAUGAGUUAGACUUUAAGCAUUUUAUUAGAUUAUUUUCCUUUGGCUGUAUAGAGCUUCAAUAAGAGCUGUACCUUGUUGAGUCAUUGUCGUUAAGAUCUCACAGUGAUGUGGAACCUUUGUUGGUUAGUUGUGUUAUCCAUGAUGCACCGGUUGACAAUACCAAGUGUAACACUGGGAGGAUUUAUAACCUUUGACACAUCACUGAACAUGUGAAGCUACAGUACACAUUUGUGACUUUGUAUUCCUCAUCUUUACUAUGAUCUUGGACAAAAGAAAAACACUUCAGAAAAAAAUGGUGCUGGUGUUAAAUGUGUUGGCUGAAGUGGAUGUCAAUGUCUACUGCUGUGCAUUUUCAGUCCCUCGCCACCCAAAUCUCAAACUCUUUGAUUGAGGUCUCACCGAAGGAUCAAUUCACACCAGGUAUCCAGUUGGAGAGCAACAAGAAACAGAUUGCUUUUGUUAAGGUGUAUCGUUCCAUGGUGCACAUACUCCAUAACUCUAACUCCCAUAUAUUGCAAUCUCUAGUUUCUAAGUUUGACAAUUUAGUAGUCAUCUUUGUGAAAACUGAUGGUAUUUAUCACCUUCUGUUCCAAGUCAGUUCCCCACUGUAGCACGGCUGUUAGAGACCUGCUGUGGGUGUGAGGUAAAGUCUGUCCUGGUCCUGUGGUGUGACGGUGGUAGUAGUUGGAGAGUUGGGGAGGAUUCACAGCUCUCCUAUACACUAGCGCGCUAACCCCACUAACCCCGCCAUGCAGAGGCAUUGCUCUAAUUGAGCCUGGAGGCAUCGUUCAUUAGCAGUGAUCAUUUCCACAACUCAAAACCGAGCAGGGUGUCCUGGCGGUUUGGAAGUUAAUUUGGAGUCUCAUAAUAAUAACUGCUGACAGUAAUGGGGAUUUCACCUGUGGCAAUGAGCAUCAGCCAUGAUUGGACUAAUGAAAACGCAUUGAGGAGAAAAAAGAGAGUGUGAAAAAGACCUCCAGACUACUAACACUACAGCUGGAGCUCUUGCACAACAUAAACACCACCGCAGGAUACACUCAAAGAGACAUUGUUGUUGUUAUGGCUACAAAACAUGAUUCAGGUGGGGUCAUUUAAGGGUCAUGGCAUCAAAAAGCUAAGGUCACAAGGUCAAGCUAGUAUGUGUAUCUUAUGUUCCUGUGUCUGACCGUAGACUGCAUUUUUUUUGUAUGCAUUUCUAGUAUGCUUUGAAUUACAGUUCACAAGUCCAUGGCUGACUUGAUUGUGCGUGCUUCAAUGUAUAACAUGAUUUACAUGUGACUAAAUGGUUAACCAUUGUAAAUAAUGCAUCAUUUAAAAAUCUCAGUCAUAGGUCUAUCAUGGUGACAAUCAAUCCCUGUGACUUUUGAAAAAGCACGUAUUUUAUUUAAAGCCACAUAAUAAAGGGAUAGGCUACAAGAACAAAUAAGGCACGAAAGGAACGGUGGACAGCAUUGAAUCUGCUUGAAAUCAACUGUAUUUCAGUUCUACUGGGCUAUGUCAACAUUGUACAAUAUAUUACAUUAAUUAAUGAAUACAAUUUUCAUCAUCACUCAUUCUAAUGAACACAAAGUAAUGUUCAACCAAAUCCUCCCAAUGACCUCUCCACAGGAAGGUCCAUACACAGUAACAGCUAGGAUCUUGGACCUCAAGUAACUGUUCAUUCAAAGUAUAUCUCAAUGUUGAUUUCAUGUCCUUGUUUGAUCAUUUAUAGAUCAAACACUGGUCCGAUAUUAAGUCACUGGUUUCUCCUGUGGUGUUCCUUCACAGCAAACACGCAUUUUUCUCCCUGACAGGGCCUCUAGUCCCCUGGUUCUCCUAGACAGGGCCUCUAGUCUCCUGGUUCUCCCUGACAGGGCCUCUAAUACCCUGGUUCUCCCUGACAGGGCCUCUAAUACCCUGGUUCUCGCUGACAGGGCCUCUAGUCCCCUGGUUCUCCCUGAAAGGGCCUUUAGAUCCCUGGUUCUCCUAGACAGGGCCUCUAGUCCCCUGGUUCUCCCUGACAGGGCCUCUAGUCCCCUGGUUCUCCCAGACAGGGCCUCUAGUCCCCUGGUUCUCCCAGACAGGGCCUCUAGUCCCCUGGUUCUCCCUGACAGGGCCUCUAGUCCCCUGGUUCUCCCUGACAGGGCCUCUAGUCCCCUGGUUCUCCCUGAGAGGGUCUUUAGAUCCCUGGUUCUCCCAGACAGGGCCUCUAGUACCCUGGUUCUCCCUGACAGGGCCUCUAGUCCCCUGGUUCUCCCUGACAGGGCCUUUAGUUCCCUGGUUUACCCUGAUAGGGCCUCUUGUCCCCUGGUUCUCCCUUACAGGUCCUCUUGUCCCCUGGUUCUCCCUGACAGGGCCUCUAGUCCCCUGGUUCUCCCCGACAGGGCCUCUAGUUCCCUGGUAACCUCCCUUGCCCACCCAUGGACUGAUCAGGACCUUCAGUGCCGGAGGGAUAGACUCUAAGCCCUUCUGAGCUCCAUCUCCUGAGUUGACAUAGCUGAUAUACAGAGGGCUGACGGGGAAGAGGGCUGCGGGGAGGAGGGGUCCUUGAACAACAAAUGGGGAGGGAGAUGGAGAUAGAGAUGGAGUGAGAGUAAAUGAUUUGUGAAGGGGGUAGGUCAUGUGGCACCAAUUAACCCCAGCUUUUUGUGGUGGUGCGGAGAAGCUGACCUUUGAGAUGCGAUGCUAUUUGCUUUCCUUUAACCUUUGAGGCUCAAUGUGAACACACAGUGAAAUUUGAGAGGGGAUGAGGAGAGCAUGUGUGUGUGUGUGUGUGUGUGUGUGUGUGUGUGUGUGUGUGUGUGUGUGUGUGUGUGUGUGUGUGUGUGUGUGUGUGUGUGUGUGUGUGUGUGUGUGUGCACGCGCUUGUAUGUAGCACACAGGUGUUUUUUCUGUAUUUGCAGCUUUAGAGGUGCUGCCUGCAUACUGUAAAAAGAUGGCUCCACCUAAGCUCUAUGGACUCUUCUGACAGUCUCACAAACUCUCACUCUCUCCAAGGGGAAUCACCUGGAGUUUAUCCCUAGAGAGGAGCUGUCACAGAUACGGGCAGGAGAAGACUGUGUGCGUGUGUGCGCGUGCAUGCGUAUGAGAGAGUGUGCACGUGUGUAUAGCACCACUGCAGCAGCAUCCUAUUUUAUGCUGAGGCAAAGCAUGCCUGUGUUGAUUUGGUUGGUUUAUUGCUUUGUGUGUGCAUUUUAUUCAAUUGUAUUCCUUAAUUCAUGAAGCAUGUAGAACUCUUUACCUCAACGGAUCGGCUUAUACAGUAACUGGUCCGUGAAACAUGGAAUGCAGUCAGUGCAGACAGGCGUAACAUGGAUGACAAGGCAUAUUAUUUGGCACAUUUUUUUCACAUCCCUUUUGUGUUUUUGUGCUCAGUAAUGUUCAAAUCCUCAUCAUGAUGAUAAUUCCACCUCGUUUGCUUUUAAGAGACUAUUUUACAGAUUCAGAGAAUUGGGUGUGCUCAUAAAUAUGGUUGGAUAUUAAUUAUAGUGAAUAGAAAAUGGAAUGUAGAUCAGUACUUGUAAUGUUAUCAAGGGAUUCCCUUGUUGGUCUAUAUAUCUUGAUUCCUAAGUAUUCAUUAAAGCAACCUAGAAUGAGUUUAGAGUGCUAAUUGAAAUCACUUUGCUUUCCAGUGUGUGACUUUUAGGUGUGUGUUUUGAAAAUGGCUCAGUCAAUGGUAUGCGGAGUGGCAUUGAGCCCUCAUUUGUAGGACCCCACCAUUAUAACGACAUCACUGGGGUGGGCAGUUCAAUCCGAAGCCCACCUCCAAGGUCUAUCAAUUAUGUUGAAGCUCCAAUCACAUCACAUUAUGGUGUCAAAUCAUACCAGCAGAACAAACAAUACACAGUGAAUCAAGGUGCAAAUAUCAACUGGGGCUGGUCAAAGAAAUAGGUCGGUGCUGGUUGUUCCUGAUGAGGAGAUUUAGUAGAGCAUGAAAAAGCCAAUUUUAUAAAUAUAUACAUUUUUGUUGUUGUCGACGUUGUUUUAUUAAUAGAAUAAAAACAACACAGCUAUAAACAUAUACAUAUAAAUGGUAUUUGCUAUUUUUACCAGAGGCAUUGGAUUUUUGGCUUUGUAAAAUAUGUCCUGCAUUUCCACAAGGCAGACUGUGUUCUACGUUUCCUGUUUCCCCUUAAUGAUGGGUGCUUAAUGACAGCAUAACUCUAACAUACGCACAAUGCAAUGAAACACACAAAACGCUAUGACAUGGGAAACGUAACUGUCAUAAGUUUGAAUAAACAAUCACAAAAUCAGUUUAAAGGAACUGAAACAAAGCAGAUGAUGCUUAUUGAGAAAACAGCUCAUUUUUAAACUAUCUCACUUUGUGCCAUGUAGAGUUAUUCAGUUAUUGGGUUCCUCAUCCCUUUCUUACCCCAAAAGCUGAAGAAAGUGAAACUCGCUCCCCUCAAGGUAACUAGUCCCAAAAGGUCGGGUGAGCUUUCGAAAUGAGAAGAAGAAAACAGGAAUAAUCAGCUGCCGCUAAAUUAUGUCUUUAUAGAAAGUCAAACUUUGUAGCCUAAUUGUUGGUUAUAUACAAUAUAUAUAGGAAACAUGCUUGUGAUGCCUUGUUUUCUGGUACAGUUUUAUGUACAUGCAAGUGUAGCUUUUUUUUAAAUUAAGAAAAAAAAACAUUGUGAAAUCCAACAACAAGUCUAAAUUGUAAGAUAUUUUUCCCAAUAGGGUAUGUUAGGGUGUGAGUGGUCAGGUUUGUGCAGAAAUGGUGAGGAUGCUGACUCUGUCUAAAACCUCUUCUGUAACUACUCACUGGCCAUCGGCUUUUUACUCGGUUUCAUUUUUAUUUUUAUUUGAUCUUUAUUGCAAAAUAGUGGCUUUGAGGAAAUCUGGUUCUAUGUUCGUUUUUAGCCUAAUUAGUUUUAUUAUGUUAAGAUCAGUAUCUGCAUGUUUGAACAAUAAAUGUGGUCUUUUAUUUUUGCUGAGCAAAUCAAAGAAACAAUAUCUUGUAAUUAUCCUUCCUUAUAGCUUUACAAUAAAAGACAUUCAAUAAAA